AUGAUGUCCAAUGAGGAGCAAAACACCGUCGCGGCUGUGGAUGCCAUCGAAAGCGUCGCUCGAACAAAUCUUCUCCCACCAAACGGGAAAUUGGACAGCGCGAUCGCGAACUCUCAGAGGCACAACUUACCAGAGAUCACUGUUGCCCCGCUCCAAGGCCAAUUUCUCGCCAUCCAGUGUAAGCUCAUAGGCGCCAAGGAAGUUCUCGAGAUUGGUACCCUCGGCGGGUAUUCGACCAUCUGGCUCGCCGAAGCGGGAGCGAAAGUCACUAGCAUUGAGAUCAACCCAAAGCAUCGCGAUGUAGCCCUUGAUAAUGUCUCGGGGCUCGACGUCGAGAUCAUACUCGGAUCCGCUCUGGACGUCCUACCCAAGCUGGCCGCAGAGGGCCGCAAGUUUGACAUGGUGUUUUGCGAUGCAUCAUGGGGCGAGCAGGAGAAGUACUUUGACUGGGCAGUGAAAUUGACCAGACCGAAGGGAUGCAUCUACGUCGAUAAUGUGGUGUGGAACAUCUUGGGUCAAGAUAAGGCGAAGGAGGGGAAAGAGUCCUUGUUGACCCACGUCGGAAAGGAUAAGAGAGUCACGGCGACGGUUGUUCCCAUGAUAUCAACCGCGCAUACGGUCCAUGAGGGUCACACGGUUUUGGACGGCUUCUUGUUAGCAGUAGUCGAUUAG